CGCGACAUUUGCCGCAAGUAGAAAGGAGUGGAGCGAUUGAGAACGAAAACUCUUCUUUCAUGUGGAUUACUUCUGGAAAAAACAAACCCCUACCAAAAGCGGAAACUAGCUAAUACAUUAGGAACAACAUACAAAGACUGGAAUUAUACGGUCGCUGUCUACAGGACCCAACCCAUGAUGUAUAGCGCCUGCUCUACAGCCCCACCCACUUCCUGUCUGUAGAGGAAGCGGCUCCACCACUAUGUCCUCCCACCCCCAGUCUGUGCCUCAGGGCCGGAGGGCUGUGGACACCCGCCACCUGCCAAACCCUGCCAGUCUACCACUGCAGCUGGCACGGGCACACACGGAUGUGGGACUGGUGGACUAUCACCCUCACUCUCGGGACUACAGCUCCCACCUGGCUCAGCCCCACCGCCGCAGACCCUCUCUGCUGUCCGAGUUCCAGCCAGGGAAUGAGAGAGGUCAGGAGCAACACAUCCGCUAUGAGCACAUAUACCUGCCCGAUCCCAACAGCCUAUCGGAGAUGGAAUAUGCUGAGAUGAAGCGUCCUCGGCUGGACAUGGGGCCGGAGUCUCUCAUGAGGCACUCAGCCCACCGCCCACAACUUCCUCUGGGAGGGGCAGAGGACAUGUCAAAGGACCGUGGCAGCUCCAUGGGGAAGCUGGAGCCCAUAUCCCCCGUCAGCCCGGCCCAGAUGGACCCUGAUCUGGACCUGGUGCCCGCCCGCUUCUCCAAGGAGGAGCUCAUCCAGAACAUGGAUCGUGUGGACCGGGAGAUUACAAUGGUGGAGCAACAGAUCUGCAAGCUACGCAAGAAACAGCAACAGCUGGAGGAGGAGGCAGCAAAGCCCCAGGAGCCUGAGCGGUCCAUGAUCUCCCCUCCGCCCAGCGAGGCCAAGCACCGUAGCCUGGUGCAGAUCAUCUACGACGAAAACAGGAAAAAGGCAGAGGAAGCUCACUGGAUUCUGGAAGGACUGGGACCCCGAGUAGAACUGCCUCUGUACAACCAGCCCUCCGAUACCAAGCAGUACCAUGAGAACAUCAAAAUAAACCAGGCGAUGAGGAAGAAGCUCAUUCUUUACUUCAAGAGGAGAAAUCAUGCUCGUAAGCAGUGGGAACAGAAGUUCUGCCAGCGCUAUGACCAGUUGAUGGAGGCCUGGGAGAAGAAGGUGGAGCGCAUUGAGAACAACCCCCGGCGCCGGGCCAAGGAGAGCAAGGUGCGCGAGUACUACGAGAAACAGUUCCCUGAGAUCCGCAAGCAGAGGGAGCUGCAGGAGCGCAUGCAGAGCCGGGUGGGGCAGCGUGGAGGGGGAUUGGCCUCGUCUUCAGCCCGCAGUGAACACGAGGUCUCUGAGAUCAUCGACGGCAUAUCAGAGCAAGAGAACACCGAGAAGCAAAUGCGUCAGCUGGCGGUCAUCCCUCCCAUGCUAUUUGACGCAGAGCAGCAACGUAUCAAGUUCAUCAACAUGAACGGCCUGAUGGACGACCCCAUGAAGGUGUACAAGGACCGGCAGGUCAUGAACAUGUGGAGCGAGCAGGAGAAGGACACCUUCCGUGAGAAGUUCAUCCAGCACCCAAAAAACUUUGGCCUGAUUGCUUCUUUCCUGGAGAGAAAGACAGUGGCAGAGAGUGUCCUCUUCUACUACCUGACCAAAAAGAACGAGAACUACAAGAACAUUGUGCGCAGGAACUAUCGGCGCCGUGGCAGGAGCCAGCAUGGCCAGCAGCAGCAACAACAACUGCAGGUGAACCGCAGCAGCCAGGAGGACAAGGAGGAGAAGGAGAAGGAGAAGGAGAAGGAGAAGGAGAAGGAAAAGGAGAAGGAGAAGGAGAAGGAGAAAGAGAAGGAGGGAGAGAGGGAUGAGGAGAAGACUGAGGGGGAAGACAAGGAGGAUGUAAUGAAGGACGACACCUCCGGCGAGGACGGGGAGGACAAAGAGCCCACGGUGGCUUUCAAGGGUCGACGCACGGCCAACAGCCAGGGUCGCCGCAAGGGGCGCGUCACCCGCUCCAUGACCAGCGAGGUGGAGGAGACCACCACUCCACCGCUCAGCAGCGAACUAGCCAAUCUGGAGAUGAAUGAGAGCUCUCGCUGGACUGAAGAGGAGAUGGAAACCGCCAAAAAAGGUCUUCUCCAGUAUGGUAGGAAUUGGUCGGCCAUCGCCAAGAUGGUUGGCUCCAAAACUGUGUCACAGUGCAAGAACUUCUACUUCAACUACAAGAAAAGGCAGAAACUGGAUGAGAUUCUGCAGCAGCAUAAAAUGAAAUCGGAGAGAGAGCGUAAGGCGCGGCGUAAAGGCAAAGCUCUACAAAGUGAAGAGGCCAGCGCCCCGUCUGCUGCCGAGGAAGAGGAGAUGGAGGGUUCCGGGGCCAGCGGCAACGAAGAGGAAGCUCCCGAGGAUGGAGAAGGUGGGGCUAACAACAGCUCGGACACAGAGAGCCUGCCCUCUCCGCGUUCCUCUGAGGACAGCAAGGCUAAAGAGGAGGGUGGCGGUAGGGCCAAGGCUGGCUCCAAACCUGGGGACAAGGAGGCCUCAGGCUCCCACAUGGUCCAGGGAGGAGAUGAAAAGCCCCCAGGAGAUGGGGACAAGGCCAUCAAGCAGGAGGUGAAGACCGAAGCAGGGGAUUGUAGCAAGGAGCUACCCAGUGAAUCCACAGACGGAGACAGAAAGCCCCCCACUGCAGAGGCAGAGGAGAGCAAGAGCUCCUCCAAGAUCUCCAAGAGGGAUCACGAGCCCAAGACGGGCUCCCAUGCAGACAGUGACUCUAGCGCCACCUGCAGCGCUGACGAGGUGGAGGAGUCGGAGAACACCGAGAAGAACAGGAUGACGUCCCCAAACCGGCCCAGCCUUCUAAACUAUGCUCAUGAUGGGGUCAUCUCCUCCCCCCUGCAGAAGCCCAUGGACCUGAAGCAGCUCAAACAGAGGGCUGCGACCAUCCCCCCUAUUAUGCCCCAGAUCCCGGAGGGUGGCCCGCGGGGUGGGGUUGGUAAGGCCGUGCUGCCCCCCCAUGCCCUGGCUCUCUACCAGCAGCAGAUCACCAUGGCCCACGGAGAGUCCUCCCAGGAGGCCAAGCAGCAGCAGCAUGCAGGUCAGCCCAGCAAACAGCACCCUUACCCAGCGCAGGGAGACAGAGACCCCCACAACAUCAGCAGCCCCCGCGUCCGCCCACGCAGCCCCUCCACCAGCGACAAGGACGAGCUGGAAGGCAACGAGAGGUGGCUGCAGACUCUACUUCACGGAUUACAUAAGUCCCGGGCCUUCUCUCCGCACGGAGACCCUAAGAAGCAGGCGGUGGGGCCAGAGGACCUGAGGGCCACUACCCUGGGCCGGCCUGUCAUGUCCCCCUACCCAAUGUCCCCUCGAGACAUGGCCAAGCUCAGCCACGAUCAACACCUGCUCCAUUAUAACUCCUCUUUCCAGCAGGUUGGACACUCUGGGCCCCCUGGUCUGCAGCAGGAUGGCGUCAGGUUGGCAGCGGUGCGCCCCCUCCACAUGCCAGAGCCACCCCCUCUCAUCUCCUCCAACAAGCCAGGGGGGUCUAUCACACAGGGAACCCCAGUGCAGCUGCAUAGCCCGGCUCACGGGAUGGACCAUGGGAAGAUGCCCCCUGCACAGAUGGGUUUGUCCUGGAUGGAUCAGAGGAAAGUGGGUGAGUCCAAGUGUCUGGAGUGGGUGCAGCAUUCCCAGCCUUGGUUUGCUGGUCCCUACCCCGUGGUGAAGCAGGAGCAGCUGUCCCCGCGGUGCUCGUCCUCCCAGGCAGAGAACCUGUCCACGCAGGGGGUGCCCCACGACGCCAACGCUGGACGUGGGUCCAUGCCAGCGGUGCAGGGGGGCAGCAUCACGAAGGGCAUCCCUGGGACCAGAGUUCACCAGGACUCCCCCAUCUCCUACCGAGGAGGCUCCAUCACCCAGGGCACCCCGGCUGACGUUCUGUACAAGGGGACCAUAACCCGUCUGAUCACGGAAGACAGUCCCAGCAGGGCAGAGAGGGAGCGGGACGAGGCCCUGUCCAAAGGACACGUGGUCUAUGAGGGCAUCAGCGGACACAUCCUCACCUAUGACCGCCUACCCUCUCAGAACCCUAAAGAAGACAGCCGGGGCCAGCCUGGGGAGAUCUUGGGGCUGAAGCGCCCCUAUGAUGUCAUGGAGGGAGGGAUCUCCAGGGGGCUGCCCAUGAGGGACUCUCUGUCUGCAGCCAACUGUGAGGGUCUGAUGGGUAGAGCCAUGCCCCAUGAGAGAGACAGCCCACACCCGACCCACCACAUCCGUGGUUCCAUUUCACAGGGUAUCCCCCGUCACAUGGAACCCCAGGAUGGCUACAUGAGGCGAGAGCCCAAGCAGAUGAAGAGAGAGGGCUCCCCGCCCCGAGGGCCUGGCCAGAUGGCUGACCCCAUGAAGGGACGAGACGGCAUGGUGCCCACCGUGAAGGAGGGGGGCCGAUCCAUCCACCUCAUCCCCAGAGAGGAGCUACGACAGAUGCCCGAUGGCAUGAUGAUGGCCAAGGCUGGCAAAGAUGGCAUCAUAGCACAGGGUGCUCCUAUGAAGCAGGAGCAGGGUGGCUUAAGGAAGGGGCAUGACGUUCGUUCCAUCAUCGCCAGCUCCCCACGCUCCCACUACGGCAUGCCCCCUCACCUGGAGAUGCGGGGGCCUGAGCAGCGGGGCCGCUACGAGGAAGGUCCUAAGGGUCGGCCCAGCGCUGUGGUCAGCACGGCCAGCUCCAUGGCCCGCUCCUCGCCUCUGGCCAUGGGGGGCGAACAGGGUGGCAAGGCCCACCACAGCCCCGUUGGCUACGAGGAACACAAGGGUGGCAUGAGGGCUCCCUACACUGGGCCUUCUCACAGAGGAUCCCCCCUGUCCAGAGAAUCAGGCCAGCGGCAGCAUGAAGGCUCCAAUAAGAAUCAGCCUCAGGAGCGCAAGUCCACACCCACCCCUAGGGAGAUGAGCUCCGGCAAGUCACCGCUGCCGGGCGUUGCCGAGCAGCAGGCCCAACAACAGGCCCAACAACAGGCGUCCCUGGCGUCGUACGAGCGUCUGCUGCAGGGUCUGGGGGCUGACGUGUACCGAGGUCAGAUCCCCCUGGCCUUUGACCCUGCUGCCCUGCGUCAGGGCAUCCCCAUCGACCCAGCAGCCUACUACCUGCCUCGCCAUCUGGCCCCUAACCCUGGCUACCCUCACCCCUACCCCUACCUGAUCCGGGGCUUCCCCGACACGGCGGCCCUGGAGAACCGCCAGACGCUGCUCAACGACUACAUCACCUCCCAGCAGAUGCACCAGUGGCCUGCAGCCGCCGCCAUGGCUGCCCAGCGCUCAGACCUGCUGAGGGGGCUCUCACCACGGGACCAGCCCCUCCAACUGCCCUACUCUGCUGCCCCGCGCGGGAUCAUCGAUCUGUCUCAGGUGCCACACUUACCUGUCCUGGUCCCUCCCACUGCAGGGUCUUCCGGCUCCCCCAUGGACCGCAUCACCUACAUCCCUGGAGCCUUCCCUAGCCAGCCAUACACCUCCUCUCCCAUCUCACCAGUUGGGCCCCAACACAUGAGCAAGCAGCACGGCACACCGUCCUCUGCUGACCGCGAGCGGGAGAGAGACCGGGAGAGAGACCGCGAGAGGGAGAGGGAGAGAGACCGCGAGAGGGACAGGGAACAGGAGAGGGAGAGAGAGAGGGAUCGCGAGAGACAACGGGACAGAGACAGAGAACGGGAGAGAGAGCGGGACAGGGACAGAGAGAAGGGGAUCUCUCACGGCAACGUGGAACAUGCCCCCAUCUGGAGACCAGGCACAGAGCACAGCUCAGGUGGUAGUGUCAGGCCCUCCUCCCACUCUGGCUAUGGCCACCAGCACUCCCCGGUGUCCCCUCGCACCCAGGACAGUGUCCAGCAGAGGCCCAGUGUCCUGCACAACACUGGGGGCAAGAGUCUGCCUGUCAGCGACCACAACAACCCCUCUGUGCUAAGGUCCAUGCCAGGCUCAAAUCGCUACCCAGGCUACGGCUACCAACAAAGCAUGGACUCUAAGGAAAUGGGCCGGGAUGGGGGCAAGAGUAGGGGAGGCCUUCCCAAACACACCCAAGAUCAACAUGGGCCCUCUAUAUCCUCCAGCAAAUCUGACCCCAAGCUGGCCAGCCCUAACCAAGGGGGUUACCCCAGCCCCUACCCCCAGGGCUCUUCAGCCUCUCACCACUCAGGGCGACCCCCUCACCUGCUGCCCCCCCAGUCGGAUAACGCUGCUGGCCGUGGAGAAAGUGGCACACCUAGUAGGGAAAAGACUCAAAACAAACCGAUGUCCGUUCAGGAACAAGAGCUCCGAGCACUCGGUAAGACCACCAUGACUGCGGCCAACUUCAUAAACGCGAUUAUCAUGCGUCAAAUUUCUUGUGAAACGGGGAUGCCAGAGACGGGCUCGCUCGUGGCCAACAGCGCCAGUGAUGUUCAACAGAAGAUGAUGCCCAUGGAGCAGCAUGGUCUGUACCGGCCUCCCUCUGAGGAGAGGCUGUCCCCGGGCCAGCAGCCCCAGUCCCCCCUGGUCAAAGGCAGCCAGAGGGUGGUCACCCUGGCCCAGCACAUCAGUGAGGUGAUCACCAAGGACUACACCCGGCAGACCCAGCAGGCCCAGCAGCAGGUCCCUAUGCAGCAGUCUUACCAUAGCAACUCUGUCCUGGACCUGACCCGGCCCCCCAGCGCCCCCCAGGCCCCACCUGCCUCCCAGGAGCCCAGCCAGGGGCCUCGCUACACUCCAGAGGGAGCCGGAGGGGAUCGUGCCCGAGACAGGUCCCCUCAGCCCAAGGUGUCACCUGUCAAUAUGUCUACAGACGGCAUUGAGCCCGUGUCCCCUGCCGGAGCCAUGUCUGAACCAGAGACACAAGGGGCCUCCUACCCCAACGAGCAGGGCAUGGGCUCUCGCUCCCCUCCCAGCACCUCCCAGCCCCCAGCCUUCUUCAGCAAGCUCACUGAGAGCACCUCGGCCAUCGUCAAGUCCAAGAAACAGGAGAUGAUCAAGAAGAUGACCGUGGUCGGCAGUGACGCCGACUUCAAUCCUGGUCAGCCAGGAACAGAGAUUUUCAACAUGCCUGCUUCUACCACUGCAGGACCUGUGAGUAUCCGCAGCCACCCGGCUCCCGAGGUGUCCGGUAACACCAUAGGGCUGGAGGCCAUUAUCAGAAAGGCCCUGAUGGGAAAGUAUGAUGACCAGGCCGAGGAACGCCCUCCCUCCUCCAAUGCUAUUAACCCCAUGGUUGCCAGUGUGCCUGCCGCUAUGCUCCCCGCUGAUGGACGGACGGAGGACUCCUACUCACUGCAAGGUGGGGGGAAACCAAAGGGCAGCGGGCGUUCUAACGGACGGAAGGCCAAAUCCCCCGGGCCGGGCCUGUCAGGGGGGGAGAGACCCUCCUCUGUGUCCUCUGUCCACUCUGAGGGGGAUGCCAACCGCCGCACGCCCGUCACCAACCGUGUCUGGGAGGACCGGCCCUCCUCCACAGGCUCCACACCCUUCCCGUGUAACCCCCUGACCAUGCGUUUCCCAAGUGGCAUGCCGGUGUCAAACCCCUCCCCCACCCCCUCUGGCCAGUUAGGGGCUCAGGGACAGGGCCGGUCCUGGGAGGAGGAGCCUAAGCCCCUGCUGUGUUCUCAGUAUGAGACCCUGUCUGACAGUGAGUGAGAGACCCUGCCAUGGAACAGAACAGCACACGCCAACUAACCACCUCCACUGCUGUUGCAGGCACACACCUGAGACACACACACACACACACACACACACACACACACACACACACACACACACACACACACACACACACCAUUCCACUCUACAGCUCCAUCUCCACCCAGCAAGGGAGUACGACAGGACCUGACCUCUGGGCCUCCCAUCUCACACAGCUGACUGACGAUCACAAGCACCGAUGGGGGUGUGCUGAAACACUGCUGCUCCGUGUUUCAGUGUAUGCAGUCACUCCAGGACUACUCUAAAGGACAAAUCACUUGUUUUUUUACUUCAUUUUUUCCCCUCUUACUGGCCUUAUUGAUACGAACACAUCAACUCAUGCGCUUGUUUGUAUACUGUUCUAGUGUCUUCUACGGUUUGUGGAAGGGACUUGGUACGGACCCAUAAUCUGAUGCUCAUGUGUUUUAAUUUGGCCUGCGGAGGGAUUCACUUGCCCUGGUCAAGGAUGGAUGUGUCCUCUGCUUGUACAGGAAGCCUGCUCUGUUCGGCCAUGUCAGGGCUCUGAACAGGGAUUCAACCUGGAUCUUCAACUUGGAGAAGCCUGCUGCCCCCUCUGACCAGCAAACCCAACCAGAGUGGACAUGCAUCAGCACAGAAGUGUCUGUCUGUCUGUCUGUCUGUCUGUCUGUCUCUCUCGCUCUGCGCCAGUGACCCCAUGGACAGGGUGUGAACCACACAGAGUUCUGUUUGGAAAGGUCUGCUAGGGAAGUGGUCUUCCUACACUGGGUCAUUUCACUGUGCAGAGGGCAGGCGGACAGGCAUGUAGCCAGGCAUGCCAUCUAUUGUACAGUACUGUGGACACUGAGUUCAGACGGCCUGUGCAUUUCUACUACUGUUAGAAUGCAUCAGAUGAUGGACAGGAGGAGGAAACAACACAGGAAAACAAUGUCUUUAUUUUCUUUUCUCUUUUUUAAAUCCAGUCAGUCCAGUCCUGUGUUUGAAAGUGAGCUGAGACCUUUAGUACUUUUGAUCGUGAAUGUUUUGAUGGUGUCAGUUUAUCUCUUAUUUUCAAUUAUCUAUCUUCGGGGGUUUACAGGGUAUACAUGCUGUCCAUUGCUGAUGUCAUCAUACAUUUGAAAUGUUAUUGGAGGACGGUGGUGGCAUAUGGUCUCCAGACAUCCAAUAGAGAGAGCGGUCUGUGGGUGUGAUGAAUGGCACUAAGAGACAAGUGACACUUUCUCACUGUUUUUAUAUUAACCAUGUCUGUGUUUGUUGAGAAUGUUUUUGGAUGUUAAGCACUUAGUUGUCAAUUUGUUCACAACGGCAUUUUUAGGAAUCUGUUUUGGGCAGGCGAGAAUGGACUCGAGAAGAAGAGUGUAGAAUCCUACUGUGGAGGCGUCCUCCUUUAACAUCUGUUUCAUUUGGUCUUGCCACCAACAUUCUUUAGUGCUCCCAAACUCAAGCGCCAAUCACAGUUCUAGUGAAACAUGACCUAGUCCGCUUUGAGUGGAUGGAGACCAACCUUAAAGCUGCUUUAGGGCAAAAUUCCCAGCAUCAGAGUUGGAAUUUGCUUGCAUUAAAGAGGUGACAAAUAAAAGCCAUCAAUGUUUCUAUGCCCCUUGGUCCAUGGCGGUGCUGGCUGUGGCUGUAGUGUGAGCCCCAGCUGGCCUGCUGGAAGCCCGUCUCUUGGAUGGAACUCCUAAUGUCUCUAGGGGCUGCCUGUUGUGACAGUCUGACCUCUGAUCUUUUACUGUCUAGAGGAAGAGGAGCUCUGCCUUACGCCAGGCCAGAUGCACCUUCUUAUCUAGACCCGAUUUUGUACAGUUAUAAGAUAUUUCUAGUGUUAAGUGCCAUUUAUUUGACAUAAUACAGUACUGAAGUUACCAAGUGACGCACAAUUUUUUUGAUUUUUCUUCCCUAUCAUUUUUCUUCAUGCCAGGGUUAUACGUGUCCAUGCAGGGAAAUGUUGAAACCAAGAGCAGAUGAAACGUCCCUCUUUUGAUUUUUUUCUAAAUCUGUCACAGCCUUAGCUCUUAACUGUCACAUAUUCUGUCAUGAUCCUGAUUCAGAGGAGGUUUAAAGUCCAACAGUUGGUGUUCAUUUACCAUGCGUGAUUUUACAUUUUUACCCAUUUUAAAGGCCAUCUCUUUGUUGUUGAUGUGGUAUAUGACAGUGUUCAUGGCUUGUAUUGAAGCAAGAGAAGCACAGUUAUUCUCAGUGUGACUGUUGUUGAGGGCGACUGCGGUGUGUCAUCCUGCCCGGUCCACUAGUUGAGAGCGGGUUGAGUUAAUCAUGAUGGAGACUUGUUAGUAAUGAACAUGUGUAACAGUUGUUGGACUGCCUGUGCUCUCCCCCUUCAUCUUCACUGUAUUACGUAAAGUUUCUUACCCUGGCUACCUAAACUGGUCAUGUUUUAGAUCUAGUCAGUCAAGGUGGAGCUCAAAUUAUACGUUUUUAACUGGGCCCAAUAAAGCAGAGUUUCAGCCUCUCUACUUGUAUAUCAAUUUACUAUUCAUGAAGUCGUUGGGAGAGCAAAGUGACAGUACAUUUUGACAUGAUAGGAAGACAGAACCAUAUCUACAUGUUAGCUAAAUAAAUAGCAGAGGAAACUAGAGGAAUCAGUUUGAAAUGUACUGAUGUGUAUUUGAAUGAUUUAUGUUUUUCCCCUCUGGUUUCUGUUUGUUCUUCCACUGCUUGCUUUGAUUACUGUCAUGUCACUCUCCGUGCUAGAAGUUAGCGUUUCAUUUGUAAUGAAAAGAAUGAUUCAAGACGAACGAAAAACGAAUUAGUCGAAUGGCCGAUGCGAUCCCUGUAUUGUACAAGGGUGGGCGGGAGAGAUGGCAUUGACAAAUGUUCAACCAUAUUGUGCAUAAUGAUUUCUUUUUUUAUUAUUAUAACCCACUGUAUAAUAGCAAGGAUUGUAUAUAGAACUGAAGAGAUGUAAAUAUUUAUGUGGCUUGCUGCAAGGUUGGUAUUUACAGAAAAAGUAUUCACACUGUUUAAUUCUACAUGCCCACCAGCAAGCUUUGUGGAUAGCAGUGUAACAAUGAAAAUAAAAAAAACACUGCCUUAAUGUUUAAAUAAAAAGCUUAUUGCCAUUGAAACUCA